AUGAAAAAUUUCUAUCAAAAAGCCCCGGGAUCGUUUGUACGUUAUGAGAGAAGAAAAGACAUCCAAUUCUUCAUCCGAGCUAUUCUUGCAAUCAUAUUCGUCCUCAUAGUCUGUGGAGUUUUGGCAUUCGCAUUAUCUGCAAUUUUCUGGGCUGUAAUUGAUAGUUGGGACGUUUUUAAUGAUGGUGUCUCUUCAGAAAAAAAUUCGCUGAUUCACAGUCACUUCUUCAAAUCCCACAACUCUAAUAAACCGAGCGCUUGUAGAAAACGACUUGUGGGAUUUUUCACUGAAAACGAGCCACUGGAAAAUCUAGAAACCCAAUUCGAAAAACUGACUCAUGUUGUGUUCUCAUUCAACGAAAUCACAUGGGAUGGAUCGGUGCGAUUCAAAAGUGAACGAGUGAAAAAUCGAUAUUUAAGAAUGAGAAAUGUAUCGGAAAGUGUGGAAAAUGAUGUGAAAAUGAUGGUUUCAAUUGGUGGACAUGGAAAUUCUCAGUUUUUCACAACGCUGACAUCAAAUGAAAUGAAUAGGGGAAAGAUCAUCGAUUCCAUAAUCCGCUUCCUUCAAGACUACAACUUGGAUGGUGUGGAUAUCUCAUGGGUACAUGCUGGCGAAUCAGACAAACACAAUUUCGUCGAAUUCCUUAAAGAAAUUCGAACCAGAUUCGACAGCUUCUCCGAGAGAAACCUCCUCUUAUCUGUGACAACUCCCUCUGCCGGAAUCGAAGGUUGGGAGAAUGCUUACGAUAUUGAGGCUCAGAAAAACUACGUGGAUUUCUUCAACGUCUAUUCCAUGGAUUAUAAUGGACCAUGGCCAAACCAAUGGGGGACACCAGCUGGACCAAUGGCACCAUUAUAUCAUGGAAUUGGUUUAAGGAAGAAUUUCAAUGUAGAUUGGACCAUGAAAUAUUAUGUUUGUUUGGCUAUGGACCCCACCAAGUUCAACAUAAUCCUUCCAACUUUUGUGAGACUUUGGAGGAAUGUCGAGGAACCUGUGGAGCCCCGAAUCUCACUAGCUGUAAGGAAUGCAGUGCUCAAAAAUGGGAUGGCUGAAGGAACAGCGGUUAUGUCGCGGGCAGAUGCUGAAGAUCAGUUAUUGGAUUUGAAGAAUAAUAUCACUUGGGAUGAUAAAUUCAAAAGUUCCUAUAUCUAUGACCCACUUGACAAGACCUAUUUGGCAUUUGAGGAUAAAAGAAGUGUGGAGGAAAAAGUGAAAUACGUGAAUUCGCAUAACUUGGGAGGAUUGUGGAUUUGGUUUGUGGAUAUGGAUGACGAAAAGAGUAGUGUGUUGAGCUCGGUGUAUACAGAUGAAUUGUGCUCCAGGAGCAGUGAGAAUGUGAUGAAAUACCAUUGUUGA